AUGGCAAGAGGUCGAAACCCAACGACGAUGAACCGGAGCGAUCGAUACCUCGGAAGCUACAGCUACGGUGACAGUCACGAUGCUUCCGUCACCGACGAAUUGGAGCUCGCCGAAGAAGACAUCUGGUCACCCGCCGUCAUUCACAACACCGACACAGACGAAUCCUACGGAGCGUGGAACUUACGCGCUACCUUGGGGAAAACCGGGCGCGUGGGUGGGUUGUCACUGGCGUUCGAGGGAUCCACUAUCGCGCCGGCGUCGUCGCCGAUGAUCGUGAAGCAGAUUCACGCCGGGGGAGACGAAGGAGGAGAAAUCCGGCGGAAUCUAGCUUCGUCGGCGCCGGUAAACGUGCCGGACUGGAGUAAGAUCUACCGAGUUGACUCAGUUGAGUCAAUACACGAGCUGGACGAUGACGACGACGACGAGGAAACCGGGAUGAUGCCGCCGCACGAGUAUCUCGCGAAGAGUCAAGCACGACGGAGCAGGAAGACAGGAGGUGGAGGCGGCGGCGGCGCGUCGGUGUUUGAAGGCGUCGGAAGGACUCUCAAAGGCAGAGAGCUAAGGCGCGUUCGAGACGCGAUUUGGAGCCAAACGGGGUUUUACGGCUAA